UGGAUGAAGUGAUGAACAGUGUACCCAAGGGACAGAAAAUGGUGAUUGGAGCGGAUUUCAAUGGGCAUCUUGGUGAAGGGAACAGUGGAGACGAGGAGGUGAUGGGUAGGUAUGGAGUCAAGGAGAGGAAUGAAGAAGGUCAGAGGAUAGUGGAUUUUGCCAAAAGGAUGAACAUGGCUGUGGUGAAUACGUAUUUUAAGAAGAGGGAGGAACACAGGGUGACAUACUUGAGUGGAGGAAGAUGCACACAGGUAGAUUACAUCCUAUGCAGAAGAGUCAAUCUGAAGGAGAUUGAAGACUGCAAAGUGGUGGCAGGGGAAAAUGUAGUUAAGCAGCAUAGGAUGUUGGUCUGUAGGAUGACAUUGGAGAUCAAGAAGAGGAAGAGAGUGAGGGCAGAGCCAAGGAUCAAAUGGUGGAAGUUGAAAAAGGAAGACUGCAAGGUUGAGUUUAGGGAGAAGGUGAGACAGGCACUGGGUGGCAGUGAAGAGUUACCAGACAGCUGGGAAACUACAGCAGAUGUAGUAAGGGUGACAGCAAGAAGGGUGCUUGGCAUGACAUCUGGACAGAGGAAGGAGGAAAAGGAAACCUGGUGGUGGAAUGGGGAAGUACAGGAGAGUAUACAGAGGAAGAGGAUGGUGAAGAAGAAGUGGGAUAGUCAGAGAGAUGCAGAAAGUAGACCAGAGUACAAGGAGAUAAGGCGCAAGGUGAAGAGAGAGGUGGUGACGGCUAAAGAAAAAGCAUAUGAUGAGUUGUAUGAGAGGUUGGACACUAAAGAGGGAGAAAAGGACCUGUACCGAUUGGCUAGACAGAGGGACAAGCUGGGAAAGAUGUGCAGCAGUUUAGGGUAAUAAAGGAUAAAGAUGGAAACAUACUUACAAGCGAGGAGAGUGUGUUGAGCAGAUGGAAAGAGUACUUUGAGAGGCUUAUGAA